GUCCUCAGAACCUCUUAUAUUGCAAGCAUAGUGUUAGGUUCUAGAGAGUCAGGUACUUUUUUGUUCGGUGGUUGUUUGUUUUUUUCACAACAAGUAUUUCUGUGUAGUCCCGGCUAUCUGAAACUUGCUCUGUAGCCCAAGCUAACUUCAGACUCAGAGAUCCUCCUUCCUCUGCCUCCUGAGUGCUAUGAUUAAACAUUUGCACCACCACACUUUUAACGCAGUUCUUGUGUGCAAAUGGAAUUUCUGUGAGAGUUAGAUCUUGAGGUUGAAGUUCACAAGGAUAGAGAGAGCUCUGUGUGCUUCUAUUUACUGUUUGCCGGUGACCUUUGGUUUGACUUGUGUAUAAAUGAAAGACAAAUUAGCAAUGGAGAAAAGCAUCCUUUAAGUGAAGUAGGUUUGAAAUGUACAUCAUCGUUCAGAGUAGCGCUCAUGAGUCGGAUAAAGAAGUUAGCUGUUCCCAUUUAGGCAGGCCAUAGAUAGAAUGACACAGAGACACAAAAUCAGUGGAUAUGUCUUCAUUUGCUUCUUAGGCAUUAAUAUGAGUUUUUAAAUAAAGACGGUUGCUUUAAGAAGAGCCAUUUAACCCACUGGUAGUGGUCCAUGCCUCUAAUUCCAGCACUCAAAAGGCAGAGGCAGGCGGAUUUCUGAGUUCAAGGCCAGCCUAGUCUACAAAAUUCUGAUUCCCAGCACAGUCAUGAAGUUAUGCCUCUCCUCUACCCCCUUUUUGUCUACCUCCACCUCAACCUGGUCCAGAGUGGCCCCAAAAGCACAGUGGAAAGCUUCUAUAGCCGCUUCCAUGGAAUGUUCCUACAAAAUGCAAGCCAGAAGGACAUCAUUGAGCAGCUGCAAACCACACAGACCAUCCAGGACAUUCUGUCAAACUUCCAACUUCGUGCAUUCCUGGACAAUAAGUACGUGGUCCGUCUCCAGGAAGAUAGCUACAACUACCUUAUCCGCUACCUCCAAAGCGAUAACAACACUGCCCUGUGCAAGGUGCUUGCCGUGCACAUUCACCUGGACGUGCAGCCUGCCAAGAGGACAGACUACCAGCUGUAUGCCAGUGGUGGCUCCUCGCGCAGUGAGAGCAGCAGCCUGGAACCACCAGAUGUGCCCAACCCUAUUCUGCAGAAUGAGGCUGCCCUGGAAGUCUUGCAGGAAAGUAUCAAGCGAGUCAAGGAUGGACCUCCUUCCCUCACCACCAUCUGCUUCUAUGCCUUCUAUAACACAGAGCAGCUGCUGAAUACUGCAGAGAUCUCCUCUGAUAGCAAACUUCUGGCUGCUGGAUUUGACAAUUCCUGCAUAAAGCUCUGGAGCUUGCGGUCCAAAAAGCUGAAAUCAGAGCCCCACCUUGUGGACACAUCUCGUAUCCGUCUAGCCUGUGACACUUUGGAGGAGGAGGAGAAUGAGGAAGACAAUACAGGCACAGAGAUGAAGAUCCUGCGUGGACACUGUGGCCCAGUAUAUAGCACACGGUUCCUCGCAGACAACUCGGGGCUGCUCUCUUGUUCUGAAGAUAUGUCCAUCAGGUACUGGGACCUGGGGAGCUUCACCAACACUGUGCUCUAUCAGGGACAUGCCUACCCUGUGUGGGACGUGGACAUCAGCCCCUACAGCCUGUAUUUUGCCAGUGGGUCCCAUGACCGCACCGCCAGGCUCUGGUCCUUUGAUCGGACGUACCCGCUGAGGAUAUAUGCAGGACACCUGGCUGAUGUGGACUGUGUCAAAUUCCACCCCAACUCAAACUACUUGGCUACAGGUUCCACUGACAAAACUGUCCGGCUGUGGAGUGCCCAACAGGGCAACUCAGUGCGGCUCUUCACAGGGCACCGAGGUCCCGUGCUCGCCCUUUCCUUCUCUCCCAACGGUAAGUACUUGGCGUCAGCUGGUGAGGACCAGCGGUUAAAGCUGUGGGACUUGGCCUCUGGGACACUUUUUAAAGAACUGAGAGGCCACACAGACAGUAUCACCAGUCUGGCCUUUAGUCCAGACAGUGGUCUGGUUGCCUCUGCCUCCAUGGACAACUCUGUGCGUGUCUGGGACAUCAGAAGCACAUCCUGCAACACACCUGCUGAUGGCUCUUCGGGUGAGCUUGUGGGCGUGUACACUGGACAGAUGAGCAACGUCCUGAGUGUACAGUUCAUGGCCUGCAACCUCCUCCUGGUGACUGGAAUCACACAAGAGAAUCAAGAACAUUAAGUUUUUAUUCAGGCAGCAGACUGGGUGGGGCUGGGACUGGUCACAGUCCAGGACUUGCUAAAACUGAAUCAGUGAUUUCAAAAGAGCCCUCGCCUACCACACACUUAGCCAACACAGCCCUGGUGCACAAGACUCCAGUUGAGAGCUGGAUGCUC